AUGGAGCACCUGAUGCACUGCUCGAGCGACGAGGAGGGCGCCGCGCGCGCGCCAGAGUUCCAGCUGAUCCGCCGCAAGCGGCCGCGCACGCACGAGAGCGGCGGCGGCGACUCGCCCUUCGGCUACCCGGUGCGCGGCUCGCCCGAGAAGGCGCCGCGCCUGACAGUGCUGCCCGGCCUGGCCGAGCUGCUGGCCGCGCAGAAGCAGCGCAACGAGGGCGUCGCUGCCGACGCGCUGCUGGACGUGCUGUCGCGCGCGUCUUCGGCCGAGCAGCAGCAGCAACAGCAGCAGCAGCAGAGCCCACAGCAGCCGCAGCCGCAGCAGGAGGAGGACAUUGAGGUGGAGGACAAGACGCCGUGGCCCUCGGCCAAGCAGUACUUCGGCAUCUUCUCGGCGCCCAAGAGCGAGCUCAAGAUCCCGGUCUACGACCUCGGUGUGGACCCGCGCGGCGUGCCGCUGCACCCGGAGUUCAUCUACAGCCAGCCCGUGUCCUGCAUGUACUUCCUCAAGUGCUCGCGGCUGCUGGGCAAGGGCUCGUUCGGCUUCCCGCGCAAGAAAAAGUCGGCGGGCGAGACCACGCCGACCACGACCCCCACGGGCAAGAAGCCCGCGGCCAAGGCGGGCAAGAAGGAGUCGAGCAAGGACUUUGAGUGGCGCAAGAUGAGCUUCGUCACAGGCCUGCCCAAGAAGCAGCCCAUCGUGCGCUACAUCACGGCCACGUGCUACAGCCGCGCGACCGACGUCACCGCUAAGAAGAAAGUCUUCCGCAUGCACGCCGUCAUGCUCGCAGACGAGGCGGGCACCGGGGAGCAGGGCGAGUAUGUUCUCGUGCACAUCCGUGCUGGAGGCAGCAAGCGGGUCGGACUGCGUGCCAGUUUGGCUGAUGCCGAGGCGCAGCAGGCCCCCGCGUCGCCUGGUGCGCACGGAACUACGACCGCAAAGCAGAACGCCGACCUGCUGUGCAUGCGCCGCCCUGUGUCGCCCACCAGUGUCGCCGUGUCCUCGUACUCGAGCUCGACCUCUCCGCGCCACAAGAAACUCCUUCACGCCGAGUUUUCGUCCAGCCAGGGUGAACGCUCGGACCACUUGGCGAGGGUGCUGAGUGCGUCGCCGGGCUUUCCUAUGGGGUUGAACUCGACGCCUCCCUCCGUGACGCGCCACCCCCUCUUCACCUCCGCGGAGGACCCAAAGGUGGACUCGGCGCGCCAGGCGCUGCGCAACAUGAUCCUCAAGUCGUGCACGUCGCGCGACGAGAUGGCAAAGUACGUCAUGGGCCUCCAGGAAGAGCUCGCGGCGCUGCAAAACCAGUAA